AUGGAAGAUGGGAACAACCGUAGUUUCACAGUGGAUGAAGCACUUGUGGAGAUGGGAUUUGGGAGGUUUCAGCUCUACGUUCUCGCUUACGCUGGAAUGGGUAUGGUUGCAGAAGCUAUGGAGAUGAUGCUCCUCUCUUUCGUUGGACCUGCUGUUCAAUCCUUUUGGAAUCUCUCUUCACGAGAGGAGAGUUUGAUAACUAGUGUCGUUUUUGCUGGUAUGCUUAUUGGAGCUUACUCUUGGGGCAUUGUUGCUGAUAAACAUGGCCGCAGGAAAGGUUUUAUCAUAACUGCAGUGGUGACUUUCGUAGCUGGUUUCUUGAGCGCAUUUGCACCAAACUACAUGUGGUUGAUCGUUCUCCGCUGUUUCGUUGGACUCGGAUUAGGAGGAGGUCCUGUUCUCGCCUCCUGGUAUCUUGAAUUCAUCCCUGCACCAAACCGAGGGACUUGGAUGGUUGUUUUCUCAGGUUUCUGGACCGUUGGAACCAUCUUAGAGGCUUCCCUCGCUUGGUUAAUCAUGCCAAGUUUGGGUUGGAGAUGGUUACUUGCACUCUCAUCUAUACCAUCAUCAUUGCUUCUUUUAUUCUAUAGAUGGACGCCUGAGUCUCCUCGGUACUUAAUCCUCCAAGGUCGAAAAGCUGAAGCUCUUUCCAUAUUGGAGAAGAUAGCGAGAACCAACGGAACGCAACUACCUAAAGGUGUACUCGGCUCAGAGAUGGAAACUGAGAUGGAAGAGACUAAAAGCCAUCCAACAGAAAACACUCAUCUCCUCAAGCCUGGAGAAGUAGAAGAAUCUCCUCCUCCUGUGUCCAAGAUAGUACUAGAAUCUGAUAACAAGGGACCUUUACUAGUUCUUCUAUCUCCAGAGCUAAUCAAACGGACUUUACUACUAUGGGUUGUGUUCUUUGGAAACGCCUUUGCUUACUACGGUGUUGUCCUUCUCACCACUGAACUGAAAAUUUCCCAAAACAGUUGUUAUCCAAGUGAGAAAGGGUUAACACAUUCUUCAAAUGAUGUUAACUACAGAGACGUUUUCAUCGCCAGUUUUGCAGAGUUUCCAGGACUACUUAUAUCAGCAGCAAUGGUGGACAGGCUUGGAAGAAAAGCAUCCAUGUCAUCAAUGCUAUUCACCUGUUGCAUCUUCCUUCUUCCACUGUUAACUCAUCAGUCUCCAACCUUAACAACCGCUCUUCUCUUCGGCAGCCGUAUCUGCAUCUCAGCAGCUUUCACUGUGGUUUACAUAUACGCUCCUGAGAUAUAUCCAACGGCGGUGAGAACCACCGGUGUAGGAGUGGGGAGUUCAGUGGGGAGAAUAGGAGGAGUAUUGUGUCCACUAGUGGCCGUUGGAUUGGUUCAUGGAUGUCAUCAGACAAUAGCAGUUCUUCUCUUUGAGUUUGUGAUUCUUGUCUCAGGUAUCUGCGUUUGUCUCUUCCCGUUUGAGACUAGUGGUCGUGAACUGACGGAUACAAUAUCUACGGCCAAAGAGCCCUCUUCAUCCUCCGUAUAGCCAACAAUUCUUUUGAACAUUGUAGUUUCCGAAGGAAACAAAAGAAGAGGAUAAACAGUGUUUGUAACAGAAGUUUAUACAUGAUAGAGUAGAAACAACAUAUACGAGUUUUAUGUACUAGACAGUAUAUUGUACGAUCUUGUUUUUUUAAACAAACUAUAGAGAUUUAUAAUGAACAUCUCAUGGGAAAAAUGUGUAACA